AUGGUUAGCAAUGCACUUACUGUGUGGAGUGAAAAAGGAGAUGACUAUGAAGGAGUUACAUAUGGUCUUUGGCGUUACUGUCCUUCCACGCCGGAUGGGAAGACAUGCGAGGAUUUAUCAUGUCCUUCGGAAAUCUUCGAAACUGGUUUCUGCAAUAAAAUUCUUGCUGCUAGAACUUUUCUUACUCUAGCUUGUAUCCUCUCUUGUACCUCUGGAAUAAUAUGGGUUCUAUUUUGUGCAGUAACAGUCGAUACUACACCCCGAUUAUUACUCUUGGUUGACAAAGGUCUUACCUUCGGAUGUCUUCUUGCAGGGAUUAUAGGUGUCGCAGUUGGUAUCAGUGCGACAAUGAACGCAGAAAGUGAGAUGAAAUUACGUUUGGGUGCUGCUGCAAUUGUUGGAAUUGUUGGGAUUGUUACUAACAUAGUUGGUGCUCUUUUAUCAGUAUUAGUCAAACAAUAG